UGUAAAAUUCAAGCUUUUGUUUCUAGCAAGCAAAGAGAACCUUCAAAAACAGCCAAAAGUGUCUUGUGAGUGAGCGCGGGCAUGGUGGUGCAUAUACGACGGGUGCAACAGGCUUGGUAGGCUGCACAGCGGGCGCCUAUUCCCAAUAACACCCAUAUAUGCAAAUAUGGCUAGCGCAGCGUCUUUUCAUCCGAGUCAACCGUGCGCACCGUAUAAUCUUGCGUUAUUUCUCCAACAAGGAGCAUUUCUGUUGCACUCAUUCCAGCUUGUCUGCUUUUUGCAUAUUUUCCGUGUACCACUACUCUUUCUAUUCAUUCAACUCUUUCUGCGAAUCGGCCAUUGCACCUUUCCACCGCCAAAGCAAACGAGCGGGCGAGCGCCUUUUACAGCAAACUAUGAGCGACAAGACCAGUGAAAAACCACUGUCAUUCAAGCGGAAAGCGACGGUCAUUGAUAUCCCCACUACGCUGCAAACACCAGAGGAAGCGCAGCAGCGCCGCCAGUUCAUAGAAUAUAAUGGAAGAAGCAUUCUGCCGCAGACGCGCAGCAGCAGAGGCCACCCGUACAGCAGAGACAUCGGACAGACGGCCAGCGGGGGCACUGGGCGGCAGCGCACAAACAGAGUCAAAGAGAUAGGCGGCAGGACGCGGCAGUUGAAUCUCAGACCCAGCAGCGAGGCUAGUGGCAGCAAAGGGGUUGUCCAGUCACGAGUCAGUCAGUUUGAAAGCAUGGCCCCGCAGAGCAAGAUCCCCCGGUUAAAUCUUCAGAGGUCAUCGGCUGCCACCAGCAAACCCAGCGACAGCCAGGACGGUUCGGUGAUGCAUAUUGACGAUUCAGAUGCCGACCCGGAAGAUGGGGCCACGGCCGAGGCGAAGAAGCUGAUUGAGGUCGAUGAUGUGCCUAGUCCAACAAGUGCGCGGGAUCUGACCCGGGCAGCAUCUGUGGGCAGAGGAUCACCGCUGCUAGAGGUGACUCACAAGGCAAAUGAGUCGGUCAGCCGAGUAGCCUUGAGAGCAACGCAGUAUGGACUAGGAUCUACUGCUGCCAAAGUACAAGGUUUCAGCAAGCAAUAUCCAGGCUCUGGCACAAAUGCCCGGCUGGCCAGCCUGCGAGAUCCAUCCAAUUCGCUGCAGAGGAUGCAGUACUCGUCGCCGCUGUCGUCGUUGCCAGGCAACAGUCGCGGAGACUGUAUGGAUACUGCGUCGAUUAAGGGCCUCAUGAAACCGCCAAAGGUGUCAAUUGCGGCGGGCUUGCAACCCAAGCAGCAGCACGAUAGCCACAGCAGCAGCAGCAGCAGCAUAGCAUCCUCACCACCACCGAGGCGGGGCUGCUCGCCACCGCGCCUAAUCAAACCAGCGGUGAAUAGCUCACACACAUCGGCUACUGGCGCUGCGAGCGGGUAUUCUACUUCGGCUAGAUCACGACGAAAGGCUGCAGAAAUAUACACAGAGUAUCAGUCCGACGACCUCGCCAUCUAGGCCGGGGCCUGUGCUGACCGGGCGCCGAAAGUCAAUGGACACGGCGUCAAUUAUUCUUGAGUCGCCAUCUCCGCCCACGUCACCUACAUCGCCCACAUCGCCCACAUCAGCACCCAGGCUCUCAGUUAGUUCAGCCCGGAGGGCAAAGCGUCGACAGACUGCAGCUGUGUUUGAUAGUCCUCGGCAGAACAUCCCAGCAAAGCAUCUGACGCUGCGUGGGGUGAAGAUCGGAACCCACGUUCAGCAGACC